AUGAAGAUCACGGCGUAUGCAAAUCAGCUUCCUUUUAAGUUUGAAGUAGACAAUGACAACAUUGAAUACUUUAGGCGAGACAAUAUUUCUUACUCAUCUGAGUCUGAGAUGUCAGUAGAGCUUGAGAAUUCGACAGAAAAACAAGAAGCUAAUUUGGAGCUUCCAUCAACAUCAGGUUGCAGUAUAAACCAGCAAAUGAGAUUGCCUAUUCCCAAUCUAGCUCGUAUUUCUGGCCAAUUUGGCAUUUCGGAUCGUUCUGCAGCAGCGCUUGCAUCUGCUGUAUUACAGGAUUUGGGACUUUUUUCGAAAGAAACAUCGUCUUCAGUUUUUGACCGAUGUAAGAAAGGAUAA